AUGGAAGUUAGUCACAGGUUAAAAAAAAAAGUUAGAAAUCAUUCGAGCCUGGAGGUUGAACGUUGAACAUCUCUAACUAUGACGAAAUCGCUUCUCACAGAACCUCCUGUGAAGGAGUUUGUUUUCCCGAGAAUUCUCGAAGCGAGAGGUGCGAAUGGGGAGAAGAUGCUCCAUAUUCGAGAAGGGCUGACUCUGAGCUUAGAGAAGAGCAAAUUGUUUUCGGAAAACUUUGUUUUCUCCAUGGUCGAUGAUGUGAACUACUCCAACAGUUCGCUGAAUGUCAAGCAAAUUGAAGAGAGUUUGUACCAGGACAGGAAAUACGGCUCCUCUCUUGUGGUCCAAGAAUUGAAUGGAUAUGUCCAAGUGAGUGGUAUACUCACCGACACCUUAUCAAUCAAGCCAGUACCAUUUAAUCCCCGAUCAAAAGAUGGAAUCGUUGCUCACUUGAUAUCAACGUUUAAUGAUACGUCAAUCCCAAUGUAUGCUGAUUAUGUUGAUUAUACAAACGUAACACAACGACCAUUUUGGGGCGAUAUCCACAGAGAGGGAAUACGACGCUUGCGACAAAUAGUUCUGAUUGAAACGAGAAUACUCUACGACGAUGCUCUUCAAAAACAGAAAGGAAGUAAUCUCAAUCAAUAUUUGGGAAUAGUAAUGAAUAAGGUUAACGUGUUGUACACUGCGCUUCAAACCCCAAGGCCUCAUUUUGUCGUUGUUGGCAUUCAUAAAUUAUUGAGUAAAUCACACUUAAAAUUAACUCCUGGCAGACAGUUGAAGGUUUGCAACUCUUUAGAGCCCCUUAAUAAGUUUGUCUUCCGAUCAUGGCGGCGUGAUGCUCACGAUGUGGUGGCAUUUGUCUCAGGGUAA